UAUUUUGACUUAAAGAAAAUUUCAAAUAACAAGAAAAAAAACGUGUCGCUCUAUGUCAUAGACAAAGUACAUCCCAUUUGCUGUGUGUGUGUGUGUGCGGGAGGAGGGGGCUAACAAUUGAGAAUAAUAUACAAACACAAAGCAUAAAGAGAAAAUUUGAAAACCAAAAAGCCCCAAAAAAACAAAAAAAAAAGAACAACCAGAUAAACAUCAACAAACGUGCAGGAGUUGAAACGCAUUUUCCAAGAAGUGAAAGUGAAAAGUCUUAACCGUGUGUGUAAAUACCUAAGCUACACAAUAUAUAACAAACGAUCGAUUGAUCGAUCGAUCCAUCCAUCGAUCCAUCCAUCCAUCCACCCAUCGAUCCGCUGCGACUUUAUCUGAAGAGAAGAAGUCAACGGCAACAACAACAAAGAGCAAAACCACGGCCCAGUGCCAAGUUAUUGCACUCGGAUGCAUCUAUCGCUCGACAACAGAUGAGAUCGUCAAAUCGAAUCUAAAUCCAGACUCAAAUAUAUGUACAUACAUAUAUAUAUUGUUUUUAGAGAUUGCACAAAAUAAUAUUGCCAAGUUCAGUGUCAAAGAACUCCAAGCUUCGCAAAAUUCAGUGAAUUGUGUAUUUUUAGAAAUAUAUACAACAACAAAUCAAAAGGAAAAAGCUAAAAUCCCUUAUCACCAAAUACUAAUUUAAAUACUUACUUGUGUUGUGUACCUAAAAUUAUAGUAGAACAUCCUUUUUUGUUUGUUGUUUGACUAAAUCUGUGAUAUCUCAUAUUAAGCACAAUGACUAAAUCAAAAGAAAAUCUGGAAAAAACACGUGAGCCGAUCAGCGAGGAGAGUAUGAAAGAUUUGCUCACCAAGCAAUUGGAAAUUGUCGGAAGCGGUGGAGCAUUUGUAUGGGCAAUAUUUUUCCUGUGCGUUACACCGAAUAUCCUGAAUGGUUUUCAUGUCUCCUCCUACACUCUGUUGGGUCAUUUGCCGGAUGAUCAAUGGUGCGGCAUCUCAGAUCUGCAGUCCACCAAUUGGACAACGGAACAGAAGCGAAGCAUUGCCGAAAGGGAUUUAAAUUCGGGUGGUUGCACUGUCUGGAAUUGGGACUACAAACAUCUGAGUAGCAUGUCGUAUGAGGCGGCUCUGCAAUAUACGAAUCGCAUGACCCAGAUUGAACGGCCUUCGGAGAUCUCAUGCAAGGUUAGGGGCAACUAUGAAUAUGCCCAUCCCGAGACAACAUUCGUUGCUGACUGGGAACUGACCUGUGAUCGUAGCUUACAGCGGACAUCGGCUCAGGUUUCCAUAUCGCUGGGCAAAUUCUGUGGCUCCUUUUCCUUUGGCAUAUUGGCUGACAAAUUCGGUCGCAAGGCAUCUUUUACACUGGGAGCAGCCUUCUUCAUAGUGGGUAGUUUCUUUUGCACCUUCUCGCCCUGGUAUAGUCUCUUUCUGAUUGGUCGUUUUGCCCUCGGAGCAGCUUCAUCGGGUCUCUUCUAUCCAGCUUUUACCAUGAUUGUUGAGAACAUUUGUCUGAAGCAUCGUUCUUGGAUGUCUAUAGCGUUCUCGGCCUCGUAUCCCGUUGGCAUGAUCAUCUUGGCAAUAAUUGGUUAUCUCAUACAGCCCUGGAGGUACUUACAGCUGGCCCUGACUAUUCCUUCGCUUCUGCUUAUACUCAAUUGCUAUCUGAUGAAUGAAUCACCACGUUGGCUUAUUACCAAGCAGCGCUACGAUCGUUGUUAUAGGAUACUCUUCAAGCAGCAGAGCCAUUAUGAGAUUCAACCACCCAUUGCAGCAGCUACAGAGAUUAUUAGCGAUAAGAAAGCUUUGGAUACGGAAGUUAAUGUUUCCCUGAUACAGAAGCUUAAGGAUGGACCCAUGAAAUCCAUCAUUGAGCUGUUUAGCAAUCCGAAAGUGCGCAAAUUGAUUUUCACCUCGUACUUUAUGUUCUGUGUGACAUCGCUGAGUUAUUACGUUACGGCUUUGAAUGCUUCCAAUUUGUCGGUGAGCCGUUAUCUAUAUAUCGUGGCCACUGGAGUCGUUGAUAUACCCUCGUAUUUGGUGCCAGUGAUAAUGCUGCGUUUCACUGGACGUCGGAUUACCACAUCGUUCCUCUUCCUGUGGACGGGUAUAUCGCUGCUGUUGGUGCUUUCGGUGCCCGCGGGCAGCACUACCUGGAUUGUGGCAUUCGCUAUGCUGGGACGCUUUGGUAUCAGUGCCACAUAUUCGGUGGUCACUCUAUACACAGCUGAACUGUAUCCCACCGAGAUACGUAACUCGGCCUUGGGCACAUGCUCAACGUUCGCCCACAUCGGAUCGAUAUCUGCGCCCUAUGUCGUCGAUGUCCUGGGCGCAUUGGGCUGGUACAUUCCAACAACUAUAUGCGGAAGUUUAGUUUUAGUAGCGGGCCUGCUGACCCUCACUCUGCCCGAAACGGGCACCGGCAAACUGAUCGAUAAGGUGGACGAUGCCGCUGCUGCUUCUACCUCGCCGGCUUGCGAUGCUGCUCCCAUGGAGCAGGCCGAGAAGAAGUAGAGGCAGUGGAGAUUAGGAUUAAGUCUAUAAUAAUUAGCAGUUCUCUAGCCUAAGCCUAAUCAUUGUUAAUCUGUGCUAUUCCUUUGCAUUAUAUAUAUACAUAUGUGUGUACUUGUAUUCGUAAAUAUUUUCUCUGUUUGAUAUCCGUAUAAUAAAUAAAUUAUAUACCUAUA